UUAGGUUAUGUUAUUGUGUUGUAAAUAAAAACACGGUAAUAUUCAGUAAUAUUUUUCGUUUAUAAAGCUCAAUAAAGUUUCGAUCACCGUUAUAAUGUCUGUCACAUUACAUACUGAUGUAGGUGAUAUAAAGAUUGAAUUAUAUUGUGAACAGUGUCCGAAGGCCUGUGAGAAUUUCCUAGCAUUAUGUGCUAGUGAUUAUUAUAACGGGUGCUUGUUUCAUCGAAAUAUUAAGGGUUUCAUAGUCCAGACGGGAGACCCAACAGGUACAGGAAAAGGUGGAACAUCAAUUUGGGGACGAAAGUUUGAAGACGAAUUCAAAGAAGAAUUGAAGCAUAAUCAAAGAGGCAUGGUGAGCAUGGCCAACAAUGGUCCCAAUUCAAAUGGCAGUCAAUUCUUCUUCACCUAUGGAGAGCAACCACAUUUAGAUUUGAAAUAUACUUUAUUCGGGAAAAUAAUUGAUGGAUUUGAAGCACUUGAUGAUUUAGAAAAAAUGGCAGUCAACCCAAAAACUUACAGGCCACUCACAGAAGCAAAGAUAACUUCAGUUACUAUCCAUGCGAACCCAUUAGCUGGAUAGUUAUAACUCUAAUAAAAUAAUAUUAGCUAAAACAA